UGUCAUCGGCCGUUUAUAUCGUAGCUGUAGGAGUUACUCAUACCGCGUCUGUAGCCUGGGCGGGUCGGUUGUCGCCACUCGUCUCCUCGCGUGUGUUGUGUUUCAAGUGUUGUGGGUGCUGCGCUGAGCCGCCACUCGGUCUUCUCAGAUUCGGGCGGAGCCCAGCCGCAUAGCGGCACAACGAUCUUUUUAGUUUUUUUUUAAACAGUGGAAUUUUAAUUCUAAGUUGUGUAAGAAAACCAAAGUGAUCUGUGCAGUGUCGAAGUGCGAUAAAAUGCCGUUUAUUGGAUUAGCUGCCCUCGUGGCACUGGCCACUAUAGGGUCAGUGCUAUGCGAGGACGAGACCAUAGGACCCAUAUUCAUGAAGGAACCUUCAAACCGAGUGGACUUUAGCAACACGACCGGAGCGACUGUCGAAUGUGCGGCCCGAGGAUCCCCGACUCCCGACAUCAUCUGGGUGCGAUCUGAUGGAACUGCUGUUGGUGACGUCCCUGGACUGCGACAGGUUCAAGCGAACGGAAAUCUGUUGUUCCCUCCUUUCCGUGCCGAGGAUUACCGGCAAGAGGUUCACGCUCAAGUUUACGCUUGUCUCGCUCGCAACUCUGUUGGCACCAUUCAUUCCCGUGACGUUAACGUACGAGCCGUUGUAUCUCAGGCAUACGCCGUGAAUCUGAUGGAGGAAUACGUUUUGAGAGGAAAUAGCGCUAUCUUAAAGUGCCACAUACCAAGUUUUGUGUCAGAAUACGUUAAUGUCAUCUCUUGGAUCAUCAGCGAAGGCGACGAGGAACUAGACAUCAAACUAGAGUCGGCAAAUAACUUUGACGAGGGAAAAUACUUAGUGCUUCCAUCUGGAGAAUUACAUAUUAGAGAUGUUGGACCAGAAGACGGAUACAAAUCAUAUCAAUGUAGAACAAAGCACAGGCUAACUGGUGAAACUCGACUCUCUGCGACUAAGGGACGACUCGUCAUUACCGAACCAACCAAUAAAAUUGCGCCUCGAAAGGAUUCCACUAAACACUUUGAGGGGUGGGAAGUGUUCACCGUGGCUCAAAUGGAUGUGGCAUACUUAACGUGUCAAGUCGCUGCUUACCCGGUUCCUGUGUUUAGAUGGUACAAAUUCGUUGAAGGAACGACCAGAAAACAGCCAGUUACCCUUGAUGAUAGAGUGAAACAAGUAUCAGGAACUUUGAUAAUAAAGGAGGCUAAAGUUGAAGACUCUGGAAAAUACCUAUGCGUUGUGAACAAUUCCGUUGGUGGUGAAUCUGUGGAAACUGUUUUGACUGUCACGGCUCCUCUCAAAGCCACUGUCGAACCCGCUACUCAAACGGUAGACUUUGGAAGACCCGCUGUUUUUACCUGCAGAUACGAAGGUAACCCUGUUAAGACUAUCACAUGGCUCAAAGAUGGAAAGGACAUGAAACAUCACGACGCUACUCUGAGGAUUGAGUCGGUUAAGAAGGAAGAUAAGGGAAUGUACCAGUGCUUCAUUAGGAACGACCAAGAAAGUGCAGGCGCCAGUGCAGAACUGAAACUCGGAGGACGAUUCGAACCACCACUGAUCCGCCACAGCUUCGGCGAACAGACCUUCCGCUCCGGCCCAUCUCUCCGUCUCAAAUGCGUAGCUUCUGGCAACCCUACUCCCGACAUCGCGUGGCUUCUGGACGGCGACAAACUGACUAGCGGCGACCGGCUACAGAUCGGACAGUUUGUGACUGCUGAUGGCAACGUUGAAUCUCACUUAAACAUCUCUUCUGUGCAUACCAACGACGGUGGAUUGUAUACUUGCAUUGCGUCAAGCAAGGUUGGCAGCGCAUCUCACGCGGCGCGGGUGAACGUGUACGGGCUGCCCUACGUCCGCACCAUGAAGAAGCGUCCCGUCGUGGCCGGAGACAACCUCAUCGUGCACUGCCCCGUCGCCGGCUAUCCUAUCGACUCCAUCGUCUGGGAACGUGAUAACAGGGUACUGCCUAUCAACCGAAAACAGAAAGUAUUCCCCAACGGCACCCUCGUCAUCGAAAACGUGGAGAGAAUGAGCGAUGAAGCGACCUACACUUGCGUAGCCAAGAACUCUCAGGGAUAUACCGCCAAAGGAACAUUAGAAGUACAAGUCAUGGUGCCCCCUCAAAUAUUACCCUUCGAGUUUGGUGACGAACCAGCAAAUGCAGGAGACAUGGCCUCCAUAUCCUGCGCAUUAAGUAAGGGAGAUCAGCCCUUAAACAUUUCCUGGGUACUCAAUGGACAAGUAAUACCAAAGAACAACGACAUGGGAAUCGUAUUAACAGUUAUCAAUAAAAAGACUUCGAUUCUUAAUAUCGAUUCUGUUAGUGGUAUACACAGGGGCACGUACCUCUGUGUGGCGACGAACAUGGCAGGCUCAGUUAAUCAUAGCGCUGUACUCGAAGUCAACGUUCCUCCCCGUUGGAUUAUUGAGCCCACUGACAAGGCAUUUGCCCAAGGUUCUGAUGCUAAAGUUGAAUGUAAAGCCGAUGGUUUCCCUAAGCCUCAAGUGACAUGGAAGAGGGCUGAAGGCGAUACCCCCGGCGAUUACAAAGAUCUUAAGCCAAACAACCCUAAUGUAAAAGUUGAAGAUGGAACAUUGACCAUUGCGAACAUCCAAAAGACUAAUGAGGGAUAUUACUUAUGCGAAGCUGUGAAUGGAAUUGGAUCAGGAUUAUCUGCCGUUAUUCUUAUUAGUGUUCAGGCUCCUCCUCAAUUCGAAAUUAAAAUGAGGAAUCAAACUGCCCGCCGAUCUGAACCAGCUGUUCUGCAGUGCCAAGCUAAGGGAGAAAAGCCAAUCGGUAUUAUUUGGAACAUGAACAACAAACGUCUUGAGCCCAAAUCCGACCCCCGCUACACCAUUCGCGAAGAAAUUUUGCCCGGAGGUGUUGUAUCCGACCUUAGCAUUCGAAGAACUGAACGAUCUGACAGCGCUCUCUUCACGUGUGUCGCUACCAACGCUUUUGGAUCUGACGAUACCAGCAUUAACAUGAUCAUUCAAGAGGUUCCCGAAGCUCCCUAUGGCUUGAAGGUUUUGGACAAAUCUGGAAGAACUGUACAACUGUCUUGGGCCGCUCCUUACGAUGGAAACUCACCAAUCAAGAAGUUCCUUAUUGAAUACAAACGCGCUAAGGGCAACUGGGAAAAAGAUAUCGAUAGGGUUCUCGUACCUGGAGAUGCGACUGAAGCCGGAGUGUUCAGCUUACGACCAGCCACCGCUUACCAUAUCAGGAUCGUUGCUGAAAAUGAACUAGGAACUUCCGAGCCAUCUGAGACUGUCACCAUUAUCACCGCCGAAGAAGCCCCUACUGGUCCCCCUCAGGAUUGCAAAGUCGAUGCUGUUGACAAGCACACUCUCCGCGUUACCUGGAAGCCUCCCCCACCCCAGGACUGGAAUGGUGAACUCCAGGGAUACUAUGUUGGCUACAAACUUGCGUCAAGCAACAAGUCCUUCGUCUUCGAAACUGUGGAUAUCUCUAAGGAAUCUGGCAAAGAACAUCAUUUGGACAUUCUGAACUUAAAGACUUACACCCAAUACGCGAUUGUGGUUCAAGCUUUCAACAAGAUGGGAUCAGGGCCGGUAUCUGGGGAAGUGCGAGCAUACACCGCGGAAGGUGCCCCCUCUGCCCCGCCCCAAGACGUUCUUUGCACCACUUUGACUGCGCAAACCAUUCGUGUGUCCUGGGUCUCUCCCCCUCUUGCCGCCGCCAAUGGACUCAUCAAGGCUUACAAAGUGAUUUACGGACCCAGCGAAACCUGGUAUGACGAGAAGUCCAAAGACACCAAGAUUACGGCUAGCAGCGAAACCAUUCUUCACGGACUUAAGAAAUUCACGAACUAUUCUAUGGAAGUGCUUGCGACUACCAAUGGAGGCGAUGGCGUUCGAUCUGCACCCAUUCACUGCCAAACUGAACAAGACGUACCGGAAGCACCUCGCGCUGUAAAGGCUCUAGUUAUGGGACAAGAUUCCAUCCUGGUUUCAUGGAGGCCUCCCGCGCAACCCAACGGUGUCGUUACUCACUACAACGUCUACACUCAAGCACAAAACGCCGAACCUCAUCCCAACAAGGUACCCGCUACACAAACCAGCUACUCCGCAACAGAACUGAAAGCUGGCCGUUAUGACUUCUGGGUGACCGCGUCUACCAUUAUUGGUGAAGGACAACCCUCAGCUACGGCAUCGUGCAGCCCAAGCGACAAAGUACCCGCCAAGAUCGCCUCAUUCGAUGAAUCGUUCACCGCUACCUACAAGGAAGAUGUCAAAUUGCCGUGCCUUGCCGUCGGCGUUCCUCCUCCUAACAUUUUGUGGAAGGUGAAAGGCCACCCCCUGGAAGCUUCGGAGCGCGUGCGACAGCUGCCUGAAGGCUCCCUGCAGAUCGCCGGAGUGGCUCGCGAGGACGCCGGGGAGUACUCCUGCCAUGUCGACAACCAGUUCGGAACUGACACUGUUACGCACACGCUCUCUGUUCUCGCUCCCCCCUUCCCGCCUCAGCUGAGCAUCGCAUCGUCUUCCGUAUCAUCUCUCACUCUUCGCCUGAAACCUUCCGUCGAUGUCGACCAGUCGCCCGCCGCCGGAUACACCAUCCACUACAAACAAGAGUUCGGAGAUUGGGAAACUGUACAGAUUCCAAGCACCACCGACACGUAUACAUUGGAAAACUUGUUCUGCGGAUCUAGAUAUCAACUCUACGUUACGGCUUACAAUGGUAUCGGCACCGGCGAGGCAUCAGACGUGGUGAUCGCCCGCACCCGCGGCUCCAAGCCCCCCGUGCCCCGCGCCGCCGACUUCAUCGAAGUAGGAAGCUCCUCCGUCACUCUACACCUCAAGCAAUGGCUCGAUGGCGGCUGCCCAAUGUCGCACUUCGUCGUUGAAAACAAGAAGAAGGGCGCUGCUGAAUGGAACCAAAUUUCGAAUGCUGUGAAACCCGGUGGAAACUUCGUCGUACUCGAUUUGGAACCUGCUACAUGGUAUGUUCUGAGGAUCACGGCCCACAACAAUGCUGGAUUUAAUGUCGCUGAAUACGAAUUCGCAACUCUUACCAUGACUGGCGGAACUAUUGCUCCGUUACCUGGCAACAUUGGCACUGAUAAGGAACUGCCCCCCUGGGUCAAGGCUUGGCUAGAACCUGAAGUUUUGGUACCAAUUUUGGCAACGAUCGUCGUGUUCAUCGUAGGCGUGGUGGUGAUAUGUCUGACCUUAGCUCGCAGGAAUACCCCACAUCGCCUGCGAGGUCAGAAGGACAUGUAUUACGACGCAGUGUACAACGCAUCUCAGGCGGCCUUAGGCGGCGGCGGCGGCACUCUGGACAAGCGCGGCGGACUUCGCGACGAGCUCGGCUACAUCGCACCGCCCAACCGCAAGCUGCCUCCCGUGCCCGGCUCCAACUACAAUACCUGCGACCGUGUUAAGCGACAGGCUGUCAUCAUGGGCGCGCACUCGACGUGGGACCCGCGCAGACACCACUACGAGCGGGUGCGACGCCCCAGACUGCGCCGCGCCGGCUCCGGGGAUACCGCCUCCACAGGCAUGGAAGACGAAAUCUGCCCCUACGCGACGUUCCACCUGCUAGGCUUCCGCGAGGAGAUGGACCCGAGCAAGGCGCUGGCGUUCCCCCACCACCAUCCCGCUCACGCCGGCACUCUCGCGCAUCCUCAUCCCCACCACCCCGCUCACUCCCGCGCCGGAUCUCAGAGCAUGCCCCGUGCCAACAGCCGUUAUGCCCGCAAGAACUCUCAGGGAGGACAGAGCGCCAUCUACUCGACCGCCCCCGAAUACGACGACCCGGCCACCUGCGCUGAAGAAGACCAAUACCGUGCCCGCUAUUCCCGCCCCAUGUAUGCCUGCGGCCCUGAGUACGACGAGCCCGCGUGCUGCGCCCCCGAAGACGAGCAAUACACCGGCGCAUAUGGCACUCCCUACUCCGACCACUACGGCUCCCGACCCAGCAUUGGAACUCGCAAGUGCGGCGGAUCCCCCGAGCCUCCCCCACCCCCUCCCCGCAACGCGAACAACGACAACAACUGCUCCUCCUCAUUCAAUGAAAGCAAGGACUCCAACGAAAUCUCCGAAGCCGAAUGCGACCAGCCCCGCAACUAUCCCGUAAGGGCCCACACUGCCAAGGACGGUUUGCACAGCGAGGAAAUGAGGAAACUCAUUGACAGACCAGAAGCAGCCACCCCAAUCCCCCAGCAAGCAGUCCACGGGCGGGGACUCACAGCCUACGAUACUGUGGCAGUGUAACCUGUAAACUGGACACGUUGUCCCAGCUCAGCGACACACGCACAUUUAUAAAUUCAUUUAGUGGACCAUUACCAUCUUGCUGAUGUACCGCUCGCAGGCUUCCGCAAAUACAUUUUAAUUAGUAUACUUUUCAAUUGCACCUUGGCUCUAUGAUUUGGUCUAGCAUUCAGCAAGAUGGUGAUACUUGUGCCAAAUCUUCUCUCUUUUACAGUUUCAUUUGUGUGUCGCAUUUUUGAGUUGCUACUUUUAAAUUAUUUACCCCAACUUAGUUGGCUGGACAUUUUCAAUUUAGUUUUUAAAGUUUUUUUGAUUAUCAACGUGUAGUAAACUUGCAAAGUUGGGUUAUGUAUAAAUUAGAAUCUACCUUUCCAGAAUAGAGUAACCUAUGAUGCGUCACUGUAGUAUUUACCAUAUAAAAGCAGAAAAUUAUGGUUGUGGUAGUUAUCUCAAAUUGAUAUAUUUGCUUAAAUAGAUAGGUGACGCGUUAAUAUCCUGUCCAAAACAUUAGUACCUAUGAAAAGUACGUUCAUCUAACGUGCCCAACUUUGAUAUAUUUACUACAGAAUUUUCUAUCAUUUUAAUUAUAGUUAACCUUAUUUGUUUAGCUUAAUUUAAAGACAGCUUCAGUAAUAAUGCAUCUGGUUUUGGGGUGUUUCGGAUUAAAUUUAAAUUAAGCUCAACAUGUAAUAAUGUAUGUGAUAUUUUGUAUUUUUAUCCCAUUUUUAAUUUUUACAUGGAAUAAUGUCGACGUAAACUUUAUUUAUACUCUUAGGAUGGUAAUAUUAGGUAACCACAACCACACGGUUGUUUCGAUGCUUCCUUUAACGUUAUUGGUUUUAAUUAUUCUCUUUGUCAUUUUCGUUAUUGCCACACGUCCUAUUUGUGUCAAACAUGUUGGUUUUGAUUUUCGCAUUUAUGCAUAUACUAGGAUAAGUUUAGAUAUAAAUUUCUUUAUUAGUAAUUAAUCAACUUUUAAACAAAGUACUAUAUAAUCCGUAGCUAGUUAGUAACACACGUUACGCAUUAUAAUUAUGUAAAAUUAAUCGAUUAGACUAUUCUUCGAAACGCAAUGAAAUAAGACACAGGAAGCGUACCAUAAUAAUAAUAUUUAACAGUUACCUAUUUAAACAGCAAGGAAUUACUCAGUAUACAUCACCAUCGAAAAUAUAACAGACACUGCUGACAUGGAAUUUAAAAUAAUCUUUUAAAAUAUUAAUCUAGUACAGUAAGGUGCAUUUUUAAUAAUCAUAAUCGUAAUUUUUAUCCUUCUAUAUUUACGCAGAUGACUAGGUGUAAGACACUCGAGUGUCAUUUUCUAGGUGUUUCCCAUUAUAUGUUGUGUAUUGUGGUGUAAGCUUCGCAUAGUAGGCUUGUAGUUAGGUUUUCGCGACUUCCUAGCAACAGAAUCUUCUCUUAACCUUCCAAUUAGAAUUCGAUUUAAAGAAAAGAAUAUAGUUAAAUUGAAAUGUGAACAAAUAAAUGAAAUUUAUUCAAAAUUAUAUGAUAAAUAAUCAAUUAAAAUUUGUACCAUAAUCUUAAUUGUAUUGGCAGCAGAGGGGUUAAUUGUUUAUGAUAUUUUCGCUUUUGUCGUUGUGCGUUUGGUUUGCGGCUACUUGAGAGUAAGUUUAAUAAUUUUUAUUACGGCGAUACGACAUCGAUAACCACAGCUAACUAACUGUACCAAAGUGUUUGAUUUGUGUUAAAUAAACUACUCAAAUGUCAACUACA